UGUGUGUGUGUGUGUGUGUGUGUGUGUGUGUGUGUGUUAUGCAAGGUUUGGUCAGUCGAUAGAAACACGGGGUGCAGCGUGGGUGUCUGUCUGAUCCACCCGCACCCGCUUCACUCACUUCAUGACUCACCCGCACCGUGUUACCGACCCCUCACGCCUUCUCUAGCGUACCUUAUUCCGCAGCAACCCCUCACGCCACGGCUAGCGUACCUCACUCUGCAGUGACCUCCCCCCGUCGCGGCAGACCCCCUCGCCGCCGACAGCGUUCCUUGCCUCGGCGUUGCCGAUCCCGUGCAUGGCUCGCCACCGACGGGGUGUUCCUUGUGGGAGCCUAGACCCCCAACAUGCAUGACCUGCUGGCUCACAGCGCCCCACUGUGCGUUACCCGCUACUGGAGCACAGCACUCAGUUGUGCGUUACCAACUGCUGACUGAGAAACUCCCACCGUUCUUCACGCCUGCUGCUGUCACCAGUGUGGUUCGCUCCACGCUCAGAGCCACGAAGGAACACCCAAGCUAACAUUCGCUCAAGAAAAUGAGAGGAAGAACUGGAGUUUGUAACGUGAAUAGCGAGUCGUCAGCUCCCGCAGGAAACAUACUUGGCUUCAGCUGGGAUACUAGAGACUAAAAUAUGAAAAGGAAAUUAAUAUCGAGUGAAAAACCGUGGGUUGUGGGACUUGAAGAGAACGAGUUGUGGUGUAUUGUAUUUAUCAUCACCAGAGGUUUAGUUGUGACUGACCUCUCUUGAGGCUCUAGAGAGAAGAGUUCAAGUGCUGCAGUUAUAUAUUAUAGUGGAAGUUUUAGGUAAUUGGUGGAACUAUAGACUUUUUAAGUUGAGUGGACGUCGAGACCCGAGUGAAAAAAAAGUUAGAAAAAAAAGAGAACGCAGUUGUGUGUAUGUGUGUGUGUGUGUGUGUGUGUGUGUGUGUGUGUGUGUGUGUGUGUGUGUGUGUGUGUGUGUGUGUGUGUGUGUAUACACAGUAUCACCAACACUACCAGUGUUAUUACCAGUCCUACCACCAUCACUACCACGAUCACCAGCACCACGUGCUGCACCGCUGUCUGUGUUGUCACAGCUCCUAACGAUCUUACCUGCGAGGAUUGCGGCGAUGACUUAAUUAUUAUCACGAGCGCUCAGUGGACAACGUAAACACACCUGUGAUCAUGCCAGCUCAACUCUCCUGUAUUAUACAGACUUGUGGUUUUAAACUCUUGUUGAAUGUUUACCUUGACUGUCACUUGUUCUCUUACCAGAGAAAGAUAAUCCACGCCCACGGCAACCAUAGCGACGGCAACCACAACGACAACCAGUAAACCAUGAUUAAAGGCACUAACCCUGCUGAGGAUACAUCUUCAGAAAGAUUAAACGGCAGGAUGACGGAGCCACCGGUUACGUGUAGCAGCACCGGCAGGAGGAAGCGGCGUCCUCUGCUCCGUCGACACACGUUGGAGAUACCGCCUUCCCUACCAGCGUACGGAAGCCUGGAGCGACAGGUGGUGCGGGCAGCCUCAGAGGAGAGGUGGGCGGCUAGCCAUGGCAGUGACAGCGCGGCUGAGGCCAGCAGGAAAGGACGUCUAAAUACCUUCCCCCACCGCCAGCCAGCUGGCCUUAUUUCCUUGGAGGUGAGGGCCGCCUCUUACCCCAUGGAGCUGAAGGCCCGGCGCCUGGCCUGGUCAGGGCCUCCUACAUCACAACUUGAGGCAAAUGUUACAGAAACUUCAUUAAGAACUGUGAGGCAUAAAACCCACACCAGACCUAAGAGUUGUGUGACUCCUGUCUCCACACUGUCAUGCGAUAAAGAAGCUCUUAAUCAGCAAGAUACAAAAACUCUUCCACCAGGAAGCGAGAAGUCAAAACGAGACACAGUGUCUGCUACAUUUAGUGAGGCCGAGGUUAAGCCUCAGGUGUCAGGCACAGACGGUGAACACCUCAAGAACUCGACAAAGGUGAUUAGAUCAGCUUCUUCACCAGAUCUUUACUUCACAGGAGUGUCCAAGGAGCCUAUCGGGAUUGACAGUAAACAUGAGCUUGAGCCUUACAACGGCCUCGUCAUUCAGAAAGCUCCAUUAGUCUCCCAGAUAGUGAAGAGUCGGAAGCCUGUUCUAGACGAGGAAGGUGACGAGGCAGAUGAAGAGGACAACGCUUCUGAUACUCAGAUAGACACCAGACUCCGUGGAUACAAGUCAAGACACGGCUUUGGUUUCAUUCCUUUCAGCAAAAUGUUUACUAAACCCCACAGAGCCUCACUAUCACGACGGUCCUCAAGGUCAUCGCAAGAAGAGCCAGAGUUGGGACUGGAGAAUAGCUUGCUGGUGCUGAGCGAGUCAGAGAGAGAUAUAAUAAAGAAGACUCGGAGUGACCUGAAGCAACGCAUCAGCUCAGCUAACAGGAAGAUCAAGAACGGCACCAACAAGAAGAUUCAGUUAAGCAUCGUCGUCGGUGCUCAAGAGGACUUCGAUGAGAGCGCUCAAGUGUCUGAGAGGGACAGCGAAGUUUCUCAGCGUCUGACCAGAACACAAGACCUCGCUGAGGGAAAAGAAACCAAGACAAAGCAGCAGAAAAGCAGAGAGUGCGAGGUGCCAACCAUGUCAUCCAAGAGUGCCAACGGGCACAACCUCCAGAAAAAGAAAUCCAGUGCCAAGCCUGAGAACAAAGUGUCAACGAAGGUAACCAAGAAAAUGAAAAAGAAAGAAAUACCAACGAUAAUGUCAGAAAUUAGUCCGGUGGCGAGUGACGUGGAACAACACUACGGUCGUCAGCACCGCCAGAGGUCGCUGGCGGGGUUGAGCACUCUCCACAGCAAGAACAAAGUUGCUCAUAGCCAUGAGAACAACGAGCGCCUCACUAACGUUGAAGGAAACUCUAACCAGAGCCAAAAUAACGAUGACGGCGUAUUCGCGCCAGCUCGCGGUGGAUUUUUGCGUACUAUUAUCAACGAAUCCAACAUGUAUGCUCCCGUCAACCAGACCUGGAGAGGGACCAAGAUGCACUUGGAGGUGAGGAUCAGCACAGAGAGGGCGACUCUUUCAACAGAGGACGAGGAGGAUGAUGUCAGCCAUUUGGAGAACAGGAGAGGACAAGGUAGUGAGAAGCGAGGCAGGACUCCUCCACACCUCAGGGAGGACGGUUGUGGGUCUGCAGGAACCCCCACUGUCUUCAGGACAAUGCAACACAGAGGUACACAGAGUCUGCUCUUCCCCACGCCCACACGCCCACACCCUCAAACCCACGCUAACGCACCAGCCUCCGCAGUACACAGAGCUAAAGAGAGAGAUAAGCUCAGACAAGUCCUGGAGGUGUGCACCAACAAGGUGAAGGAAUCUCAGCAGUUACGACGUCGCUUGGGGGCUGCUGGAGUCUGGGUGUCCCUCGACACACUUCAGAAGGGUCUGAUGUCGCCGACGGAGUACCGGGUUUAUCAAGACCACUUGAAAUCUCUCGAGGAGAAGGAACAGCAGCGCAAGAAGCCGGCCAGAACGAGCACCUCCUUUGUCUACAAGCGGUAGCCACCGCCCUUUCUUUUUCUUCUUUGGUCUUGCUUAAGGUGUUUCAACGACGAGGUUACUAGCGCCUCGAAUCAAUCCUCCUGGACACCGUGUGGCUACCGUCCGUGAUAAUCUUGUUGCCGCCAGAACCAGGACCUCCUAAGCGUUUACGAAACUCUGGAGGUCCGAACCUCUGAACUCCGACAAGGCAAUAAAGACUUUGUUCUUUGUUGCCCAAGGUGCUUCAACGACGAGGUUAUUAGCACCUUGAAACUAUCAUAAAGAACACAGUGGACAAUUGUUAUUGUCGUGCUAACGCUGGCCACCUGCUGUGGCCAGCGAAGUCGCCACCUACUACUACUUCUUCGCCACAAUCUCUUGAGGUCUUAAUGGAUAAAAUCUGGUUCUCAAAACUUUAUGAUGCGAAUGAGUAAAAUUUCAAAGCGUCAAAGAGAAAUCUGAAAUGCCUAAAUACAUUUAUGAGAGAUUCUUGACAAUGCAACGGAGACUGACAAUAACUGUCACGAUAUCGUCCCAAGACGAUUGUAAACAACUCUUGUUGCUGCCCAUAGGUCGAAUUACACUCGUUCCGUGAGAGAAUUUAGAACCUUUAUUAUAAAAUGAGAACUCUGAAUAUGGAGUUUGUUUAUCAGGAAAAUAAAAGAUCGUGGAUUCAUUACAAUGAAAAUCAUGAAAAUUUGUCAAAUGUCGUCCUGGCGACAAGUACGAGGAAGAGGUUUUCCUGGGACGACUUGUCUUUGUCAUGAACUUCUUACGGGUCUUCGCUACAAACAAGACAAAAAAAAAAAGCCUUCUUUUCCUACCUCCGAGACCUCAUUAGUUACAUCACUGUUAAAAAGCCAUCCCUUCGAGGGAGGGAGUUCCUUGAUGCUGGGGGAAGAGGCACUUAAUCCAAUAAACUACGACUCCCUUUCCUCACAUCACCCCUGAUUAACCUCCCAUCAACCCAGACGCUAUGUGACUCACCUACUGACUUAACGCUUACCCAUGAACGUAACACUGCAACACAGUCAAGAACACCAAAACACUGUGCUCAAACACACAGGAUGGGGGAAGGGAGCACAUAAUGUAUUUGUUGUGUACACAACUUCCAUUACGUGAGGUACACUGUAAUUCCAAAGAUCAAGACUGCCCUCUUGGGCUGUGUUAUAAAGUUGCAGCUAAGAUAAUCCAUCACAGGGAAGCACUUCAUGAGCUCCUCAAAUCAUUAGAUAACCUCCAAGCUAUUGUAGGUCAGUGCAAGCCUACAUCAAGUGACGUAAGCUGCUCAGCUGAUGGUGACACUAUUGACAAAGACUGGAAGUCCCACACUGAGCUUAACUCAGGGGUAAAUAUCUGGUGGAAUUCUGUCAUCGCUAAGGCCCCACAGAUUUACAGGGCUCAAAACACUAUCUUUGGGAAUUCUAACAAUUCCUCUGACCACCACAGAGGGAACAAAUCCUCUUCCCAGCAACGAAGGAAGCCUUGGAUCUGUUAAUUCUCCUACACCUGACAUCUCUGCUUCAGCCACUGCCAGUCCACUAGACAGUGCACAUACCAUCUCUGAUCCUACACCUGUCAGCACACCUGCCGACACUAUUCCAGAAUCUGGCAGCAGUUCUUCAUCGGCAAGUUCUGAGUUAGGAGUUUCUCCACCAGAGAUUGGUGCAGUUAAUAAUCAGGGAACUAUCACUGCACCUGAUCACCUACUGCGCCAAAGUACGAACAGCAGGGACACAUCUGUCAGAACUGGUAGAGGACUGGGAAGAGGACGUGGAGGAGGAAGACAUCUACAGCCGUCUCACCCCCACUAACAGUCCCAGCGGCAGAACCCGA